CGCUGCCGCCGCCAUCGCCAUGGCCGCGCCGGGCGCCGCGCGGCGCCUCUACCGCCGCAUCCUGCAGCUGCACCGGGCGCUGCCGCCCGCCCUGCGGGACCUGGGCGACCGCUACGUCAAGGAGGAGUUCCGUAGGCACAGGGCGGCCGGGCCCGCCGAGGCCCAGCGCUUCCUGCGGGAAUGGGAGAACUAUGCAGCAUUGAUACAGCAACAAAUCGAUGAGGACAAACAAAACUUGAGAGAAAAGACUGUAUAUGGACUCCAGCUCACAGAAGAAAAACUUAAUGACUUCCGUGAUGAACAGAUUGGGCAGCUGAAGGAACUGAUGGACGAGGCUACCAAACCUAAUAAAAAAAUCACCAUUUCUGAAGACUCAAAAUACAAAAACUAAAAGAUUUUGAAAAUUGUUUUAUUACAUAUGGAAGCAUUUUGAAACUUCCUUUUCCCAUUGGAGUUGAAUGUGGUUUCUGUGAAAUAAUGGGCGCUGCUGAUGCCAUAACUUCUCUGGCUAUUUGGCUUUUUGUGCAAGAAUAAAUAUAAAAUGGAAUAAUCACAACACUUCUGUUUUAAUUGCAGUAUUUUUUCUCCUUUAUUUUUUUCUCCUAAUGGAAGGUGAAGACUGAAAGAUUUCAGUAAAAGUAAAGUGACAUUUUUAAAAUAUAAAGUUGUUAGUUUUGUUUUGUUUUGUUUUUUUAAUUUUGGCACCUGUAGGACAAAACAUCUUCCUCUUUGUGUAUCAUCCUCUUCCUUAAUGGAAAAGAUGCAGUUAUCAUUUAUUUUCUGCCUUGGGUUCAGUAGACAAAGCUAAACUAAUAGCAGAGGGAAGGUUGAAUUUCUCAGCAGACUGAUUUACUCCAAGUACGACCACGGAGGAUCGAUGUACCUUUGAUGUAGGGUGAAAGCUGAAACACUUUAAAAACCAGCUCACAUUCUAGGGCAGAAGAUGUCUCUAAUGCUGUCCUGCUUAACUGUUGAUUUUCACACCUCUUGGAGAGGGUUUCAAGGUAAAUGCUUCCUGCUGGAGGGUGUAGAUGCAGCAGUAGAGGUUUUGCAGGGCUUGUUUGGUGAACAAACUGCCUGAGCCACCUCCUGCUGCACCAUGUCCUGGUGCGGGACCAGGCUUGGUGUGCCAGUAUUUGAGACCUUUACACUGAGCAAUGGUGAUGCAGAGAGGUCUUCCCCACUGAACCGCAUCAGGAAUUUUACUGCCAAGAUUGGCACAAAUCAAAUGGUUGGUGUUAGAAGUGAUAACAUUUGCAGCUGUAAAUGGUCUGCUCUUGUUCACGGAGGUUACGUAUCUGAUGCAAAACCACUGGCUUUGGUAGGAACUUUUUCAGCGGUUUCAGUGUCCACAGCUCUGCUCUGGGAACAGCCUUGACAGUGCUGAGUCCUUCCAGCUUUUCCAGUGGUUUCUGUCUGCCAAUUACAGCACAUGAAGAUCACAAAAUUUAAUUUCAUUUGGAUGCAGCCAUUACAUAAGUAUAAUACAAAGUAUUUUCUGUUCAAUGAAAUUGAGAGCGAUAAGUCAGUGUGUAAAUUCAGUGUAUAAAUGACUAAGAACUGAAUGGUUUUGCCACUUGUAGCAGUGUGUUAUGAGUAAAUGUCAGGUGUUUCAACUAGCUCAUUUACGUGGUGUAUGAUCCUGCACAACCGAUACGUGUGGCUGGGGAGUUCAGUGUUUAACUGCUCUCUAACAAUUUCAAAGCUAGAACUUGAGACUAUAUAACAAGUAUCUUCAUUUAAUAAAAUGACCUUUAGUUACC